CGACUCCGCUAAUCGAUGUAAGCCGAUAAAAGGUAGAUUAGACUUGGAGUCUUCGUAGCGGAGCGAAGCCGAUCGCGAAUCGUCAGUCGUGCGCGACGAUCAUCACCGUCAAAACGACGACGCGACCUCCGCCGUUUCGGUAUAUUUCACUUGCGUCUCUGCGAGUUUUCUCGAGGAAACGACAAUGCCCGAUCAAGAGAUAACCAGCAAGACAAAGGACAUCGGAAGGAGGCAAGCGAUUCCUAUCAUUUACACCAGAGGAACUCAUUACGACGUCGGCUUUGAUAUCGGUCGUACGUUUUCCGAUCUAAUUCAAAAGUUCGUCGACGCGUAUCGGCCACUCAAUGAAACCUAUUUGCCACUUUACGAAACGGAAGCGGGUAGAAAAAUUUACGAGGAGACUCUUGCCUGCGUCGAACAGCAAUUUCCCGGAUAUGUUAAGGAAAUUCAAGGAACGGCCGACGGUGCGAACGUUCCCUUUCACAAGUUGUUUCUCAUGCAUUUAGAUGAUAUCGUGCCAAAUGUGGCAAAUGAAGGACAAGGAAAUGCGUUACCGGUUGGUUGUUCGACCAUCAUGUGCAAUCAGCCCGGACAGGAAAUUUUGGGACAUAAUGAGGAUGCACUUAGCGAAACGUUAAAUCAUUGGUAUUUAGUUUCGGCGCAUGUAAUCGAACCAGGAUGCAAGCAAGAAAAUUUUACGUCUUUGAGUUACGCCGGUUUUUUACCAGGAUACACGAUGGGUUAUAAUCAGUAUGGUCUCGUUUAUACCAUCAAUACGCUUAGUGCUGCUACCUUGAGAUCUGGUAAAACACCCAGAUACUUCCUAACCCGGGCAUUGUUAACUGCGGAGAAUUACGUGCAAGCUCAACAAAUUUUAAGAAACGAAGGUUUCGGCGCGGCAGAAGGGUUUUCGGUAAAUAUGACCUUCCUAAUGCAAGAAGGAGAUAGAAUGUUUCAUAAUGCCGAGGUCGGUCCUUGCGAGAUCAAUGGCACGCAAUCGCAAUUAAGCAUUUUGACCGUUAGUCCUGGAGAGAAUACGGUUCACUGUAACAAGUAUCUCCGACUGAAAAUACCCGAAGUCGACGGUCUCAUCGUUGAUAGCAGCAUCAAAAGAAUGGCUGCUAUUUGCAACCAUCCUCCAGCAAAGUGUCGCCAAGAUGUUAUAAAUAUUCUAAGCGACCAAACGGAUGACGACUAUAGAGUUUAUCAAGAAAAAGAUAAAAACGACCCUGUAAAAACUAUAGCAACUGGUAUCUUCGACUGCAUUGAAAGAACCUGGUCUAUUUAUACGAAUAAACCAAAUUCUACGGAACCAAUUUUGGUAAUACCGCUGCGAUUAAACGGCGAACCGACUGUUCCUGAUAUGUAAUUUGCCGCUCAAACCGACGUUGCGAUGUAAUUCGUCUCCAAUGUAAUCUAUUUUUUCUUAGCAAAAAAGAAAA